AUGUAUGUAAAUAAAAAAUUUCAGAGAACCCUGGCGGCACUGGCAAAUUAUCGUGAGGAGGCGCGAUUGAGAGCGAAACUGAAAAGCGAUGAGGAGUUGGGUUUACACAGUAAAGUAACAGAUCGCCAUUCAGUACCACUGCAAAGUGAAUCGUCUCCAACGAAGAAGAAUAAAUUAAAAUAUCAAUUAUCUCUAAAUGAACACUUAACUGGCAGAUUGCCAAAUUAUAUUAAUAAUAAUAUUAAUAAAUAUAAUGAUAAUAAAUGUGAUGAAAAAGAGGAAAAGGAGACGGAGCCUGCAUCGUAUGCGAAGGGUAGCUCUAAUCAACCAGGUAUUUUUUUAUUUUUUGUUAUUAUUUAUUGUUUAUUGUUAUUAUUUAUUAUUAUUUAUUAA